AUAAUAAAAAUAGGAUAAAUGGACGGUGAUAAAAAAGUCUAAAUCCCUAAUCUCGCAAUCGCAGAGCUUCUCGCCUCUCGUCUUCUCCAGCGUCCGAUCAAUCUUCUCUUUCUCCUCCGAUCAUCCUCACUCUCUCCCGCCUUUUUCAAAUCAUCAUCUCUUUCUCGCGCUCGCUCUCAGAUGGCGGACUCGCAGGCUAAGUCGUCGGGGAUGAGUCCCGGAGUAGGAGGCGGUGGAAGCCACGAGAGCGGCGGAGAUCAGAGCCCGAGGUCGAUGAAUGUUCGUGAGCAGGAUAGGUUUCUCCCGAUCGCUAACAUAAGCCGAAUCAUGAAGAGGGGUUUGCCUGCUAACGGCAAGAUUGCUAAAGACGCUAAAGAGACUAUGCAGGAGUGCGUCUCUGAGUUCAUCAGCUUCGUCACCAGCGAAGCGAGUGAUAAGUGCCAGAGAGAGAAGAGGAAGACUAUCAAUGGAGAUGAUUUGCUUUGGGCUAUGACCACUUUAGGAUUUGAAGAGUACGUUGAGCCUCUCAAGUUUUACCUGACGAGAUACAGAGAGAUGGAGGGUGACAACAAGGGAUCAGGAAAAGGCGGGGAAUCAAGUGCUAAGAGAGAUGGUCAACCAGGCCAAUUUCUGCAGCAGGGCCAGCAAGGCUCUUUCUCACAAGGUCCUUAUGGAAACGCUCAAGGUUCGCAUAUGAUGGUUCAGAUGCCGAACGCAGAGUAGUAGUAGAACGAUAUUCAUCACAAUCUCCGGAGAUUCAUCUAUCUAUUCAUGUUCUUGUUUCUGAGAAUCUGAGCGAUCCACUGUUCAUAUAUUUGAACUGUGGUAUCUCUUGUAUAUGAGAAUUGUGUUUUAGUUUGAGAAGAGAUUGUGGUUUGCUCAAAAUAUGAGAAUUGAGAAGCAACUUUUGUUUCAACAUUUGAUUGUUUUAGUUUCUUAACUUUAACUUUUGGUCUUAAGAAGAAAAGCCUAUUGAUUCA